AUGUCAGAAGGUCCAAAUUCAAACACAAACUUACAGACUGUCUCCCGCCAUAUCUUGGAAGACCAGCACAACUCGCCUGAAGCGUCUGGCGAUCUUUCUCUUCUCCUCACCUCAGUCACGCUGACGUCAAAGUUCAUCGCGAACAACGUCCGUAAAGCCAGGCUUAUCAACCUCGUUGGUUUGGCUGGUGAGACCAACGUCCAGGGCGAGGACCAGAAGAAACUCGAUGUCCUGUCCAACGAAAUCAUGAUCAACUCUCUCAGGGCUUCUGGUAAGACUGCUGUCCUCGUCUCUGAGGAACUCGACGAUCCUGUCUUCAUUGAGGAUGGAAAGAGGGGCAAGUACUGCGUCACUUUCGAUCCUCUCGAUGGUUCUUCCAACAUUGACGCCGGUGUUAACGUUGGUACCAUCUUCGGUAUCUACAAGGUCAGGGAUGGCUCAAAGGGCGACAUAGAAGACGCCCUGCAGAGGGGCUCUGAUAUGGUUGCCGCCGGUUAUACCAUGUAUGGUGCCUCCACCAACCUCGUCAUCACCACCGGCUCUGGCGUUAAUGGCUACACCCUUGACCCUGCCCUCGGUGAAUUCAUCCUCACCCACGAAAACAUCACCCUUCCUGAAAAGGGCUCUAUUUACUCUUUCAAUGAAGGUAACAGCAAGUUCUUCCAUGAACCUGUAAACAAAUACCUUGACUCUAUCAAGAACCCUGCAGACGGUAGCAAACCUUACAGCGCCAGAUACAUUGGUUCUAUGGUUGCUGAUGUCCAUAGAACACUUCUUUACGGUGGUAUCUUUGGUUACCCAGGCGACAAGAAGACCAAGGAUGGUAAGCUGCGUAUUCUCUACGAGGGUUUCCCAAUGGCCAUGCUCAUCGAACAAGCCGGUGGUAUUGCCACUACUGGCACACAACGCAUCUUGGACAUCAAGCCUACUUCUAUCCACGAGAGAGUGCCUGUCUUCUUGGGCUCGAAGCAUGAAGUCAACCAGGUUAUUGAUUUCCACCGCAAUGCAUAA